AUUAGCCGUUAGCUUCUCUUGUACAACCGUGUACAACUCAAGGACGUCUGACAACAUUUCAGGGAGGCCUCGCCUCCUGAAUGUCAUCCCUUUCUCUUCAGCAAGCAAGAGAAAACAACUGAGUGAAGAGAGACGGAUAAAGAAGAAAAAUGGACUCACCAUUACUGGAGCAACGACCCUGCCCUUCGUGCCCAGGCUUUAUUGCAGGCGCUGACCUCCACCGCCACUGUAUCAAGUGCCUGGGGUCCGACCACGCGGCGGCCAACCUGGGCUUGCUUCCAGCCUGCAGCGCCUGCCGUUUGAUCCCUCGGCUCAGCCGCCGCCAGCGGCUGGUGCAGUUUGGGGAUUGUUACGUCUCGCCGAUGGAGGACCCAGAACUCGAGGUGGUGGAGAUGGAGGACCGCGAUGAGGGAGUGCCCUUCGUGUUCGCCAUGCCAGCGGACCGGACGGGCCCGCUCGUCGGGGAGAGAGACGACGACGACGACGACGACGACGACAACACCUCGUUGUCUGAUGCUUCCGGCGACCGCCAGGCAGGCCAGCAGCGCAGGUCUGCGCGGCAGGACUUCCCGGCGGUGAUGACUAUGGCGGCGGAGCUUGUAGGCUUACCGCUCCCCCCACCGCUGCCACCGAGGCCGGUGAGCCGCCUACGUCAGGACUUCUACGGCCCGGCGCAGCCGGCCUUCGUUUCGCCCCCCCUGCCAGAAAUCUGGCAGUGUGUGGAGGCGACGUGGCAACAGCCACUGAGGACGAAGGCUCGGGUGGCAACAUGGGCUGGAAUCCUCAGGGUGCAGGGCCACUCGGACACAGAGUGUCCCGGUGUGCCCCCCCUGGAUGAAAGCCUGGCGGCCCAUCUGCUUCCACAGGCAGCCGGUUGGGCAGAGGGGAGAAGGCCCCUGCCCCCGCUGCCGCGUGACCGUGAAAUGCUCCAGCAUCUGGAUAAGAUGUUCAGGCUCGGAGCGCAGAUGGCGGCGGCGGCCAGUAAUCUUGGCGUGUUGGGGGUGUCGCUGAUUACCCCUCAGCAGGACAUCCCCGCCCCCCCGCCUGAGGACGGGAGUGAUUACUCGGACCGCUGCGUGGGCCAGAUGAAUAAUCUGGUCCAGGGUAUGGCUACCGCAGCCGGCCGUGUGAUGUCCCUAGCCACCGUGGCGUCGCGUCACGUGUGGCUAGGUCUGACCGCACUGACCAGGAAAGACCAAGAUGAUCUCCUUGGUGCCCCCGUUUCCACGGAAGGGCUCUUCGGGUCGAUAUCCUCGGUCACCCAGCGUUUCAGUCGCCUGGAGGAAGAGAGGGCGCAGCUCAGCCGCAUGCUGCCGCUGGCUCGCCCUCAGGCCCCUCCUCAAGGGAGAGAGCGCCCGGUGGUGGGAAGGCGGAGAGAGAGAGUGAGGCGCCGGUACAGAGGCCCCAUUGCGCCCUCUGCCUCCGCGGUCCGUCCCGGAGAACCGGCCCAGUACCGGCACUCACGGGGACAGGCUGGCCGAACCCGGCGGGGUGCUGGGUGGGGUGCACCGUCCUCCAGGAGCUGACUGGCUGCGGGAGGAAGCGUCCCGGCGGAGAGAGGUGCUUUCUCCGGCCAGGACGCGAGGGCGAAUCCCGCCUCCUCCCUAUUUAAUUAUUAUGUCUAAUGUUAUGUUGGUGUCUCGUUUCGGUCAUAAU